UCAUUUCCAGCCAUUCUCUCCUUUCUCUCUCUAGAACCUCUGCUCUUUCUCUCUCUAACCUCUCCGGAAAUGGAUCCAGUGAACGAGUGGGGAAACACCCCUCUCAAUGUCGUUGACCCCGAAAUCCACGACCUAAUCGAGAAGGAGAAGCGGCGCCAAUGCCGGGGGAUCGAGCUAAUCGCCUCCGAGAACUUCACCUCCUUCGCCGUCAUCGAGGCUCUCGGCAGCGCCCUCACCAACAAGUACUCCGAGGGAAUGCCCGGAAACCGUUACUACGGCGGCAACGAGUUCAUCGACGAGAUCGAGAAUCUCUGCCGGAGCAGAGCCCUUCAGGCUUUCCACCUCGACGCCACCAAGUGGGGUGUCAAUGUCCAGCCUUACUCCGGCUCUCCGGCAAACUUCGCCGCCUACACGGCCGUCCUCCAGCCCCACGAUCGUAUCAUGGGACUGGAUCUCCCCUCCGGUGGUCACCUCACUCAUGGGUACUAUACCGCUGGAGGGAAGAAGAUCUCUGCUACUUCGAUCUAUUUCGAGAGUUUGCCUUAUAAGGUGAAUUCAGCUACUGGGUUUAUCGAUUACGAUAGGUUGGAGGAGAAGGCCUUGGAUUUUAGGCCUAAGUUGAUUAUCUGUGGUGGUAGUGCUUACCCGAGGGAUUGGGAUUACGCCAGAUUCAGGGCUGUCGCUGAUAAGUGUGGUGCCCUUUUGCUCUGUGAUAUGGCUCACAUUAGUGGACUUGUUGCUGCUCAGGAAGCUGCAAACCCAUUUGAGUACUGUGAUAUUGUCACAACCACAACCCACAAGAGUCUAAGGGGUCCUAGGGCUGGUAUGAUCUUCUACAGGAAGGGUCCUAAACCAGCCAAGAAGGGUCAGCCUGAGGAUGCCGUUUAUGACUUUGAAGACAAGAUCAACUUUGCCGUUUUCCCUUCGCUUCAGGGUGGUCCUCACAACCACCAGAUCGGUGCCUUGGCCGUUGCUUUGAAGCAGGCUGCAACCCCCGCCUUCAAGGCUUAUGCUAAACAAGUGAAGGCCAAUGCAGUUGCUCUCGGAAACUUCCUCACCGGCAAGGGAUACAAGCUUGUCACCGGAGGAACUGAGAACCACCUUGUUCUGUGGGAUCUCAGGCCUCUUGGUUUGACUGGCAACAAGGUAGAGAAGUUAUGCGACCUUGCAAACAUCACCGUUAACAAGAACGCCGUCUUCGGUGACAGCAGUGCCUUGGCUCCCGGCGGAGUUAGAAUUGGUACACCGGCCAUGACAUCGAGAGGUUUGCUCGAGAAGGACUUCGAGCAGAUUGGAGAGUUCCUUCACCGGGCUGUGACCAUCACCCUCGACAUCCAGAAACAGUAUGGAAAACUAUUGAAAGACUUCAACAAGGGUCUUGUCAACAACAAGGACAUUGAACAGCUCAAGGUUGAUGUCGAGAAGUUCUCAUCAUCAUUCGACAUGCCUGGAUUCAAGGUUUCUGAAAUGAAGUACCAGGACUAAGUCUCAAGUCUAUAAUGACUCGUUGCACUUGUUAUAAAUAUAUAAGCCUUGGGGACUUCGAGGCUCAUAAAUGUCUUCUCUUCUACAAGUCACCUUACUUUAAUGCCCUUCUGAAAGAGGUUAAAGAGAGUGGAAAAGAAAAAAGAACAAAGAAGUAAAGAAUCUUCUGGUUUUUCAAGUGUUGUAGGGUUAGAUGUUGUUGAUUUUUUUUUUUUUUUUUCAAUUCGUUUGGUUGGUAUGGGUUACGAGAGUUUGAUAUUACAUCCUCUCGAUAACUAGCUGUAAUUUCCUUUUUUCGGUAUCUCAUGUUUCUUUUAUCAUUGCAAUAAACACUUAAUGAUAUGAAUUUAUAAAUUUUGUGAA